ACUCAGGUUAGUUACUUCCAUCCCGGCCCACCACCGCGGUUCUAUACCAUCGAUACUUCUAGAGAACAUAAAGACCCCCAAACAGCUGCUACCGUUGCUGUUACUGCCGCUACUCAAAUAGCCACUACAGCUGUUCCAGCUGCUGCACCAGCUGCUUAUCCUCAGCCUCCGCAAGUUACUGCCGCUGCUUAUUCGUACCCACAAGCCGCUCCAGCUGCUUCAGCUGCUUAUCCCUAUCCACAAGCUGCUACAGUUGAUCCAUCUGCUUAUUUGCAACAACCACCAGCUGACCCGUCAAUGGAUCCAUACACUGCGGCCGCCUACGCAGCGUACGGUGCUUACGGCUACCCACAGCCGGUAGCCGCUCCAGCCCUAGCUCUGCCACCGAUUCAGCCAUAUUCCUACCCCUCCUACCAAGAAUACCAACAGGAGCCUUUGUACGUGCCCCAACCAUACUAUCAAGAGGAACCUUAUUAUGAAUAUGCAAGUGAACCCCAACAGCCACAGCCUGUGCCCAUUAUUAUCACAAACACCAACACCAAUGGCGGAGGCAAGCCGAAACACCCGGUCAUCAUCAAGUACAAAAAGAGGGACACAGAAAAACGUGAGGAGGAGCCAAAACCGCCAGCGCCUAAGAAAACUUCCGGUAGGAUUGUUUACGCAGAACCCCAAAAAUCUGAUUGGGUGAUGGUGAAGAAGGUUUCAAAGUCCGACGACUCUGAUAAGAAGAAGAAGAAGAAGAAGAAAGCGGCUCCCAAAUAUAGGGUGGUGACAACCAGCAAGGAUGAUGACGAUGAUGAAGAUGAUGACGAUGAAGAUGACGAGGAAGAAGAAGAAAUGGACCCCGACAUAAGGAAGAUACUAAAGCAGCUUAACCUAAAAUAA